AUGGGCAGCUUGGAUUGCCUGGAGCUCGCCGGCGGCAGCGGCCGCGGCGUAGCAGCGGUCGACCUCUCUCCCUUCGCGCAGGACGACUGGAUGAAGUUCAACUGGGACAGCGGUGCAGCGGUCUCAGCAUUCCCUCGGAGCUUUGCGCCGCCGACGGGAUUGAAGGGCAACGGCAGCACGUAUCGCACGGCCAGUGGUGAGCUUGUCCCGGACGAGGGCAGCUUGCAGCUCAAGGCGGAGGAUGAGUACGGAGUGCUACGAGCGCUCAAGGGACGCGUGACGAACGUGCACAAGCCGUUGAUCUCGGUGGGGCAGGCAGCAGGAGCUGGACAGUGUUCGUUCCUAGGCCGCAAUGGCGGCUGGAUAUUCCACGAGAAGAGCCCAAUCGGCAAGCGUGUGGUAGGCAUGCUGGAGAAGGAGGCGAAGACGGCGAAGCACCAGAUGCUGCCGGUCUAUCGUGAGCAGGGAGUUUACAACUUCUACCUCAAGAAGGGCCAACAUGGCUCGGUUGCUCCUCUCGAGGAGGGAUUUUCGGCGAAGUCGAAGUCCGAACUGGUGGAGCUACUCAGCGGCAAGUCGAAGGAGGAGCUGCUGGAGAUCCUCGAGAGGACAGCACCUCAUGAGCCCUCUCAGAAGGAGAUCGCCGAGCACGAGGCGAUGGGACACGCGACUUACCGCAGCUGGUGUCGCGUGUGCAUUGCGGCAAAGGGCCAAGGCCAGCCGCAUCUCCGCGCACCGGAGGACGACGAGACGGCGGUGCCGGUGGUCUCGUCCGACUACGCCUUCAUGGGCCAGGACGACGCGGACACCAUGCCGAUGCUGGUACUUAGGGAUCGGCGCUCGAAGAUGAUGGCGGCGACAUUCGUGGAGAAGAAGGGCGACGACGCCUACGCCAUCAAGUUCUUCGCACGCUUCUUACGGAUCCUGGGCUACAGGAAGAUCGUCAACAAGUCCGACGGCGAGCCAGCGAUCCUGCUGGUCAAGAGGCGUGCGGUGGAGGAGGUUCCUGGCCUCGAGGCCAUUCCCCAGGAGUCGGCUCCGGCCGAUCAUCAGGCCAAUGGGGAGAUCGAGGUCACGGUGCGCGAGAUCAAGAAGCAGGUGCGAGCGCUCAAGAUGGACCUGGAGUCCAAGCUGGGCGUCAUGGUGGAGGACAAGCACCCAGUGCUAGCGCACCUGCCGGAGCACGCCGCAUCGGUGAUCAACCGAUACAGGCGCGGCCAGGACGGCAAGACCGCUCUUCAGCGGCUCACGGGACGGCAGUGGAGGAAGCCGGUCCCGCUCUUCGGCGAGCGCCUGAUGGUGCGGUUCGCCGGGGAGCGCACGAGGAAGAACGCGCUGGAGGAGCAGAUGGUGGAGGCCCGCUACAUCGGCCACCACCCGCGCGACGGCUCGAUGAUGGUCAUCACGAGCGACGGUGUGAAGGAGGCGGUCGGCUUUCGCAGCCUGCCGCAGAGCGAGAAGUGGAUCACGGCGGGCUGGGACAGCCUGAAGGGCCUGCCGUGGGACGUGGCUCCGCGUGCGGCCAGUGCGCCGCGAACCAUCGUCGGACCGGGAGUGGCCGGUCCGCCACCGAUUGUGGUGGUGCCGCCGCAGCCGCAGGCGCCGAGGAGGAUGUGCGUUCUCAAGGCGGACGUCGAGCGGCUGGGCGCAACGCCGGGAUGCCCAGGGUGCGUCUCGAUCGCCAAGCACGGCAAGGUGCUGGCUGGCCAUGCGCACAACGCGGUGUGCAGCAAAAGAAUCUUCGAAGCGCUGGACGCUGAGGAGGCAGGCCGGGAGAGGACCGGCCAGUAUCGAGAGCGGAGGCAGGGCCAGGAGGCCAGAGUCCGCCCAGUGGCAGCGGCCGCGGCAGGGACCCCUCCGCCGAAGACGGCUCGGAGGAUCACCGAGCCGGUGGCAGCGGCGGCGUCGGCGCCGGCCGCGAGCCGAUCGGCAGCAGCGCCAGCAGCAGCGGCGCGCAUGCGAGAGAGCCAGCCGGGAGCAUCAGGCUCCGGCGUGGCGGCUCCUUCAGGAGGAGCGAGCUCCAGUUCGGGAGCAGUGAGAGCGGCAGAGGCCGCCGAGGAUGUCGACAUGACCGCGACCAGGUCGCGGCGGAAGCGCUUGGCGGAGGUGGCCCCGGAUGACGUGCCGGAGGCCCUCGAGCGCGGUGAUCCACAGCCGGCAGACGUGCCGGUGCCGGUGGACAUGGAGGAUCUCGCGGCGCAGCCGGCGCCAGCGGAAGGACCUCAGCUGCCAGCUGGAGUGGCAGUCGUGUGGAACGCCAGUGAGGGGAGACACAUGCGGGUGCUCGCUCUCGACGUGGCGUCGAUCGAGCUGGUCGAGCUCGGAGUGCUGACGAAGGCGAAGGCGGAGUUGCUCCCGCUCGUUCGCGAACAGGUCAGCGGCCAUUGGGCCAGUGUCGGCGUGGACAUCGCCGACGAGGAGGUGGACAGCAUCGCCUUAUCGGCGAUGCAGCUGGGCGCCGUGGACGCGGCAGAGGUGCACUCGCCACAUCGGUUCUCGGCUCGGGCGGCGGAGUUUCAGCUGCGCCCGGGCUUCGCGGCGGACCUGGAGGAACUCAAGGAGGACGGGACGCCGUGGGACUUGCGGCGACCCGAGGACAUCAAGGAGCUCGAGGAGCUGCAGGAGCGGAUGGAUCCCAUCCUGCUUACGGGGUCCCCUCCAUGCGAGAAGUUCAGCUUGCAGAGGGGCCUGAGCGCCAAGUUCAGGACCGAUGAGCAGGAGGCGGCUGAGAUGGAGGAGGCCAGACACCACCUGAAGGUGGCAGUCGACGCCUACUGGCGUCAGCUCAGGAAACCAGGCAGGUAUUUCCUGCAUGAGCAUCCCUGGAGCGCGCGAUCGUGGGAUGAGGACAUCGUCAAGGAGCUGGUCGCGCAUCCAGGAGUCUUCACGGUCAAAGGCCCCAUGUGUCGGUGGGGCAUGAAGCUCACGAACCCACGCAGUGGCCAGGAGGAGUUCGUGCGCAAGGAGACCGGGUGGGUCACCAACCACCCAGGCUUAGCCCGGAGACUGCAGGGCACUUGCAGCAAUGUGGACGGACGCGCGGAGUGGCAUCGCCACAUCACGCUCGUGGGCGGCCGAUCGGAGCUCAAGGACACGCUGAAUGACGUGGGGGAGCUCAGCACCGCCCAGGUGCAGCAGUCGGGCCCAGUCCCUCUGGACGCGGCGGUGCCGCCCGGGGACUGGACGAGCUACUGGGACGACGUCAACGGCGGCUACCUGGAGGCAGGCCUUGCGGCCCAGGCUCGCGCGGUCGAGCGCGAGUGGGUCAAGAAGCAGGAGCUGAUCGAGAUCGUCCCGAGGUCUCAGGCUUUCGCUGAGACUGGGCGUCCGCCCAUCCCACUCAAGUGGGUCGACACGAACAAGGGCGACGCGGAGAGGCCCAACUACAGGAGCAGGCUCGUCGUGAAGGAGAUCAAGGCGAAGAAGCGUCCUGACGAGCAGCUGGAGGCGUCCGAGGUUUUCUCGGCAAUGCCUCCGCUGGAGGCCAUGCGGUCGCUGGUCUCGCUGAUGGUCACGUGGACGCGGGAAGCACCGCUCCACAUUCAGGAGUCGCUUCGCAAGAUGGGCAGGAAGCCGGGCAACUUCAAGAUCGGCUUCUUCGACAUCAGCAGGGCGCACUUCUACGGGAAGGCGCAGCGAAGGAUCUUCGUGGAGCUGGAGGAGGAGAGUCGCAAGGAGUACGGCGAGGACAAGUGUGGCUUACUCCUCAAGUCCUGGUAUGGCACGCAGGACGCCAGCAAGAUCUGGCAGGGCGACUACACGGAGCUGUUGGAGGAACACGGCUACAGGGCGGGCGUGUCAUGCCCAGCGGUCUUCUACAAGGAGGUGGACGAGACAAGGCUGCUGGGGCACGGCGACGACUUCGCGGUGCUGGCUCAGCAGCAGGACAUCGACAGCUUCGAAGCCACGUUGGGCAAGAAGUACGAGUUCAAGAAGACUGCGAACCUCGGCUUCGACGAGGGCGACGACAAGCAGGCGGUCUUCCUGAAUCGGGUCAUCGAGGUCAGUGCGGGAGUUCCGCCUGGCGGUGGCCGGCCCUGCCGGCAUGCGAUGAUCGAGCCGGACAAGCGGCACGCAGAGAUCGUGAUCGACGAGCUGGGUCUCAGCAAGGCCAACGGCGUGGACACGCCGAUGGAGAAGCGCAGCGCCGACAAGCAGAUGAUGGACGCGAAGUCAGCGGCGUUGGGAACGGCGGAAGCUUCGCGCUUCCGAUCCCUCACCAUGAGGGUAGCCUACCUGUCUCAGGACAGGCUGGACUUGGCGGAAGCAUCGAAGACGCUCGCCAGGUCUAUGCAGACGCCGACGGAGGCGAGUUGGCUCAUGCUCAAGAGGGUUGGCCGCUACCUUAAGCGGCAUCCCAGUACGGUGACGGUCUUCACGGAGCAGAAGAUGUUCGACAAGAUCCGAGUGUACGUGGACUCCGAUCAUGCGGGCUGUGCAGUCACUCGGAAAAGUACGGGAGGCUUCGUGGCGAUGCUGGGGCAUCACGUCAUCAAGCACGGCAGCAAUCUGCAGUCGACGGUCUCUCUGAGCAGUGGGGAGAGCGAGUACUACGCCCUGGUCAAGGGCGGGAGCGUGGGACUGGGUCUACACAGCCUCUUCGCAGACUGGGGGCUGGACCUGAAGGUGGAGCUCGCCUCAGACUCAUCGGCGGCCCGGGGCCACGUCCAACGGCGAGGUCUCGGGAAGAUGCGACAUGUUCAGUCACGAUACCUGUGGAUCCAGGAGCGCGUGGGCAAGGGCGACCUUUCGAUCGCCGCAGUUCCUGGUAAGAACAACGUCGCGGACGUGCUGACUAAGAGCGUGG